GAGAUGACCGCUUGAAGCCAACAAAUUGAGACUGGCUCGAGACCGGACGCGCGCAGCAUCGCGCAGCCUGAAGCGCCAGUCGGCUGAGACAAGCGACAACGUCGGUGUGUUUUCGCUCGAAUUAGGAGGGAGUUGGCCCGACGGGCCCACAUGCGAUGCCCGCCACCCUCCUGGAAGAGGCUGGGGAGGUGGAGGCAGUCUCGACGCCGGGGCAAUGAAGUAGGUCAGCCGAGAGGGUGCGCAUUUCCAAGCACGAUUGGAGAAACGACUGGGGGAGGUUGGAGAACGCAUGGCCGAGAAGCCCAACUGCCGGUCAGUAGCAGCCACACAACUGCGCAGCGGAAACAGUCUGGUUCAGUCCGACUGCACGUUUUCUCUUUACUGCUGGGCACAUUCAUCAGGUUCUCCGGAUCCAACGCUCGACAUGGAUCAGGAAGACGACACUGCGAGCCAGCCGAAAAGCGCCUCAGAGCAAGUGCGGCAGCAGGCGCGGCGUGCGCAGGACGGCGUGCUCAAGAGCCCCAAUUCGUCGCCGUGGGCGUGCUAUCAGUGCAGGAGGAGAAAAGUCAAAUGCGACAAGACGACUCCUUCAUGCCGGAUAUGCUUUCGCCAUAUGAAAGACUGCCAUUACCCAUCUACCGCACAGAGACCAGGCCCAAAGCUGGGUAUGAGCCGCCUCUCACCUCCGUUGUCCAGCAUAUGUCCGCGCGUGCACCGCCACGCCUGUGUUCGCCGGCUGACUUUGAACGCCGCCAGGGAGCUAUCGAAAGCGAAAAGCCUCGAAUUCCCAACUCCCCACCCCCGAUAGGGAGUGCCGCGCUAGCCGUCGAGACCAGCCGUCAGACUGCGCCAGCACUGGAACGAGCAGGCCAGAACGCCAGCAGCAGGCACUGAAGACCAAGGCUAGUAGCAUAUCCAACUGGAUACUUCAUCACUUCCACGAGAGGCAGGCUUAUCGAGAUGAUGGCGAGAGCAG